CGCUUUUUCUACUUCUCCAAUCCAAUGCAACCAACCGCCCAUACGCGCUUCAUGUGCCUCAUGCAUGGAGGCCAGUAUGACCGGCCAAGCUUGGACAGUUUGACGAGCUUCUCCCUUCCCAUCUCCCCAAGCAGAUUACUUCGUGUAUUUUUUUAGCCCCUCGCCCCCCCUCCUAGAUUUUCCCUCUUCUUCUUCCUCGUCUACAUCCUCUUCUACUCCACUAGAGGUUCCCACUCCCUCUCUACGUCCUCAAGUUCCAAGCACACAAAACAGCACUCCACCGCCGCCAUGACCGCAGGAGGUACGUCUGUGCCCGACCUCAGGUCCAAGGAGCAUCGAGCCCUGUUCGACAUCAUCGACAGGCUCCGCUCGCAUGGUAUCGGUGAGGUCAUCGACCUGCCAGAGAUCAUUGUCUGCGGCGAUCAAUCGGCAGGCAAAAGCUCCGUUCUCGAGGCCAUCUCCGGACACCCCUUUCCCACCAAAGAUGGCGUCUGCACCCGCUUCGUCACCGAGCUGGUUCUCCGACGGGAACCAAGCCACAAAUUCAAGGUCUCGAUCAGUCCCGGCCCCGGGCGAGCCGCUAAGGACGCCGAGCGGCUACGCGGCUUUUCAGACACCAUUCGGUCCGAGCAGCGGCUUGAUGAGGUCGUCGAUGCGGCCAAGGAGGCCAUGGGUCUGUCGGACUCGAAACGUUUCAGCAACGAUGUCCUACGUGUCGAGAUCUGUGGCCCCGACCAGGCCCAUCUGACCAUGGUUGAUCUGCCAGGCAUCUUUCGCGCAGGGAGCUCCGAGCAGUCGGUCGAGGACGUCAAAACUGUCAGCGCCAUGGUGCAAAAGGCCAUGAAGCGCCCCCGCAGUAUCAUCCUCGCCGUCGUCUCGGCCAACAACGAGUUUAACAACCAAGAGAUCACUGAGCUGGCCCGGAAGCUCGAUCCGACUCGGAGUCGCACUCUCGGUCUGAUCACCAAGCCCGACAAGCUCGACGAGGGCAGCCGCUCCGAAGAAUUCUACAUCAAGCUCGCUCGCAACCAGGAGGUCCAUCUCGAACUGGGCUGGCACGUCCUGCGGAACAGAGGUAGCAACGACACAAGUGACACCAGCGCAAAGACACGCGAUUACAUCGAGAAGGUGUUUUUCUCCAAAGGCGCCUGGCUCUCGGUUGACUCGUCUCUUCUCGGCGUAGCCGCUCUUCGCAGACGGCUGAGCGAGGUACUUGGAGGAUCCAUCUUGACCAACCUUCCUGCGCUACGCGGAGACGUGCUAUCCAACAUUCACAAGUGCGAGGACACUCUCGUCAGGCUGGGAGACCCUCGCAGCAGCCCAGGAGAGCAGCGCAGAUACCUCCUCGCCGUCAGUCGGCGAUUCUCGUCUCUCAUGACCGCCGCGAUCGAGGGCAACUACAGCGACAGCUUCUUUGGGGACGCCAAGACUGACGAUGGCUACGCCAAACGAAUCCGGGCCUUGGUUCAAAACAGCCUGCGGGACUUUGGAGAGAAGAUGCAUCAGCAAGGCAAGCUUCAGAGUCUCCGGGAUGAUGACGAGGCCAUUCCAGGGACAAGUCCGGGCACACCGAAGCACGUCAGGCGCUCGGACUAUUUGAGGGGAGUGACAGUUCUGAUGGACCGCAGCAAGGGCCGCGAGCUUCCAGGAACUUUCAACCCCCUCAUUGUCGCCGAUCUCUUCAGAAAGGAAUGCCAGCCUUGGGAAGAUCUUGCGGCAGAGGCCACAUCAUCUAUCGUCGAUGCGGUCACCUGGAUGGCUCUCACCGUCCUCCACCAGGUCGCGUUAGCUAAAACAGUCGGUGGCAUCUCCUCGAUUGUGGAACAGGGCAUUGAGGAGCGGCAGCAGCAGCUGAAUACGAAGGUCAAGGAACUCCUAGCUCCCCACUAUGAGGGCCACCCAAUCACCUACAAUAACUUCCUCACAGACAUGGUGAAGAAGGCCCAGAAGGAGCGCCGGGACAAACGUCGAGCAGAGGCCCUCAAAGAGGUGAUAGAAUCAGCUAUUUCAGGCGCCAAGAACCGUCGCGCGCUCCAUUCAGCCAUCGAGCAGGGCGACUCCCCGCCAUCUAGCCCCUUGGGCUAUGUUGACAUUGGGGAGGUCAUCCAACUUCUGAGCCAGCUGGAAGGCAAGGAGACCGACCUGGAGGAGGAGGCAAGCGGUCUGGCGACCGACUAUGCCGAGGCGUACUACAAGGUUGCCUUGAAGAGAUUCAUUGACGAGAUUGCCAACCUUGCCGUCGAACGACAGCUCAUUCGCCACCUGCCGAACCUCUUCACACCUGAAAUGAUUCUGGAACUUACCGACGACCAAGUCUCAACGCUGGCCGCGGAGGAUGACCAGGCCAUUGCUGAGCGCGAUCGCUGCCAGAAGCUCCUCACUGCGCUGCAGAAGAGUCUGGACGACCUCCGGCGCCUGCAAAGUGCCCGCAUCGACAUCAAGCGUCCGCAACUCAGCCGCCCAGUCAUCCCCGCAGCCACAGGUUCAGCAGGCGCCUCUGACGCACGCCGGCCAUCAACCCCGCCAGCGCCUAGCAACAGCUCCCAGCCAAGCAACAGGGAAGAGACUCCAAAGUCCACCAGUCCGGAGCGUCGCUGGCGGAAUCCAGAAAGCCCCAAUCCCGCCACAGCCGGUACAGAGGUUUCGCCACCUGCUGAUGGCGAGCACGCCCAACCGGCUAGGAAGACACACCCUAGGGCGAUUGGUUUUUCAUGGGGGGAUUGGGGCGUGGCUCCGAAAAAGGAAGAGCCGGAAACCUCAUCGCCGGUGGAAUACGAACGAGAUGACGAGCCCGCCCUGGAAGCCGUCAAGACGCUGUCUUUUAAUUGGAGUGCCAAACCUGGCGUCGAGGCUCCCGCUAGCAUUGAAGAUAACUGGUGUCUGGGGAGCUCGAAGAAGGGUAAAAAGAAGAAGAAAGCCUUGGAAGCCUUUGCGGCGGAGUUUGUUGAUAAUUGAUGUUGGUAGGCUACUAGUAGCAGGUAAUCACUCAACUAGCACUCCCGCGCUGGAAAUAUGCAUAUUUUAGCAAGUGAUUGAGUCGGCACAGAAGGGACUGAAAGACACGGC